AUGUCAAUUCAUGGUUCUUCAAAUUCUGGAGGACAAUCUGAGAGAAACAGCCCUCCUAGAAUUGAGCCAUCGGGGCUGCUACAGGUUCAGACUGUCUACGAUGAUGUCGGAAGAGACGAUGGCAACAUAGCAUCUCCUAUUUUUGAAGAUAUAAAUAAAUUGGAGGUGAUCGAGCUACAGAAAGGGAAUGUCCCGGACGAAGCGCAGCACGAAUAUGAGGAGACGCCCUUGCACAAACUGAUCAACACGGCAGCUGAUGAUGUGUCCGCCUUGAGGGAUCUAGAAGAAAACUUGGAAGAAUGGAAGCCCUUGAUCAACAUUCGCUGCUCGGAUACCAAGGAAACGGCUCUUCUACUCGCCACUUGGAAGGAGUUUGAAGGCGUUACUGCCAAGCUUCUCCGAGAAGGAGCCGACCCUGAGCUCGAGGAUGACUCCGGGUGGUUGCCUUUGCAAGUAGCCUGUGAUGUUGGCAACGAGACGAUUAUUGAAGCAUUGUUGAGCGUCGGAGCUGAUGCUGCCAAGAGAGGUCACGAUGGACAAUAUCCCCUCGAUGGAGCUGUCAGAUGGCCCCUGAAGUCCCAGUUGAUGAGACAGCUCGUCAAGCCGCAUGAAAAGUCCAUCAAUGAGGUCUACAAGGAGUCUGAAUGUAUCAUGGCACUGAAAGCGCUGUUGACCUCCUGCUAG